CUUUUUGAUCAAAAGUAAUGUUGCAUCACUUGUGGAGAUACACAUAUAAUACUAGCAAAGCCCUUUCUUUGGAAUAGUUGACAAGAUGGGGAUUACAUAAUACCUCAGUUGUUAGAAAUGCCAGUACUCCAGAAUUGUACGAAAUUGCAGCUAUGGAUCCAUUGUCACCAGAUCCAGAGACACGACCAGGCUCUAUUUCAAGUACAGGAGCAAUGGUAGCCUAUUCAGGAAGAAGAACAGGUCGAUCUCCCAAAGACAAGAGAAUUGUGUUUGAUGAAUAAACUGAGCAUGAAAUAUGGUGGGGAAGUGUCAAUAUUCCAAUUCCCAAGAAAUCACACAAUCUUUUGGAACAAGUUGCCCUUUAAUUUUUGAAUACAAGACCAAGAUUAUUUGUUGUUGAUGGAUAUGCAGGAUGGGAUCCUCAUAGUAGACUUAGAAUUAGAGUGUUUUGCACAAGAGCAUAUCAUGCUUUAUUUAUGUAAAACAUGCUUAUCAGACCAACAAACGAGGAAUUAAAGAAAGAUUUCAGUGAUGAUGUUGAUUUUCAUAUUUUCAAUGCAGGACCAAUGUGUGCACCAAAAUUGGUGGAAGGAGUUGGCUCAGAAACAUGUGUUUCUGUCAAUCUCACCGAUAAAAAGAUGGUCAUCUUAGGAACUCAAUAUGCAGGUGAAAUGAAAAAGGGAGUUUUCGGAGUUACACACUAUAUGUUCCCUAAACAAGGAAUCCUUACACUCCAUAGUUCAGCAAAUGAGGGAGUCAAUGGAGAUGUUACCUUACUCUUUGGUUUGAGUGGAACUGGUAAAACCACUUUGAGUGCAGAUCCCAAGAGAAAAUUAAUAGGAGAUGAUGAACAUGCAUGGUCUGAAAAUGGUAUCUUUAACAUUGAAGGUGGUUGCUAUGCUAAAUGUGUAGAUCUAAGCAAAGAAAAGGAGCCAGAAAUUUUUAAUGCUAUCAAAUUUGGAUCCGUCUUGGAAAAUAUUGAAUUCAUGUCUAAAGAUUCCAGAGAAGUAGACUAUCAUAACAUAUCCAUUACAGAAAAUACAAGAGUCAGUUAUCCUUUGGAUUUCAUUCCAGGAGCAAAGAAUCCAGCUGUUGGAGGACAUCCUAAAAACAUCUUAUUCCUCACAUGUGAUGCUUAUGGUGUAUUACCCCCUGUUUCCUUAUUAUCACCAGAAUAAGCUAUGUAUCAUUUCAUUUCAGGAUACACAGCCAAAGUUGCUGGUACAGAAAUGGGAGUCAAAGAACCAGUUGCUACUUUUUCAGCCUGCUUUGGAGAAGCAUUCUUACCAUUACAUCCAACUCUCUAUGCUACUAUGUUAGCUGAAAAAAUGAAAUAACAUGGUACCAAGUGCUGGUUAGUUAACACUGGUUGGUCUGGUGGCAAAUAUGGUAUUGGAAAAAGAAUGUCUCUCAAAUACACAAGAUCCAUUAUCGAUGCUAUUCAUACUGGCGAAUUGGUUAAUGGAGAAUUUGAAAAAUUUGACAUCUUCAACUUAUAAAUCCCAAAGAGAGCCACAGGUGUUCCUGAUAGCAUCCUCCAUCCUAAAAAUACUUGGAUCAACAAGAGUGAAUUUGAAAGAACUUUAAGAAAUUUAGCUGAUAAAUUCUAAAAGAACUUCUAAAAAUAUGCUGAUAAAGCUACCUCAGAAGUCAUUAAUGCAGGACCAUAAAUCUGAGCCAUAUAUAAAUAUAAAUCGAAUAUAUAAUAAUAAUCAAAAUCAAA